AUGCCAAGCACUCCAGUCAAUAGUGGUGCGGCACUGCCUGAAGUGCCUGCAUUAGCAAACACACCCAGUUCGACCGCCGCCCCUGGCCUGCCGCCUCCCUCCACUGGUACUGCAGACGUACCUCGUGUUGCACAGCAUCCAAUCGAGCUAAGCAACAACGACCUACCUCUGUUCGAAGAAACGCUGGCAGCCAUCGACACAUGGGUUGGGGACCCCGACUUCGAGGCGUUCCUCGAGCUGGCGACAAAUACUCCUAUACCUGCUGGCGACUACGAGUCGGGCUGGGCUGAGCGCGAGGUCGAUAACGACCCUCGGCCUGAUGAUGUUGGUGAUUGGGGUUUGGAUGUCCUGAUGGCUCAAAAUGCGCAGGGAGUUCCUGGUGCUCCUGCUGCUGCUGCAGCCGCCGCUGAUCGUACCGCUGGUGGUGCCGGUACCGAAGGGGAGCCCAUCACAAUCUCUGAUUCGGAUUCAGAGGAUAUCAAUACGUCUGGGGUACUGGAAGCAGAAGCACCCACUCCCACUGUCGGAUCAGGGAAGAGACGACGUGAAGAUGAGGCUUCAACUCAUCGAGGUGAAGGCGCUGCGUUAGUCGACAACGAGCCGGGUCAAAUCACUCCGACAAAGAUACCUCGCACCAUGAGCGAGGGCUGGCCAGCACGAAGCUCUCUCAUGCUGGCUGGAGGUGUUUCGUCAGGUAGUAGUCCGGUGGCCGGAGUCCAGGGGGGCCAGCCCUCACGAGGGCGGUGGCGGAACAGCGACCAAGGACAGUUGGGUGGAGCAUCCAACAUGAAAUACGCACCUCGGAUGGCUCAACCAGUCCGAGGCUCUGCUGGGGGCCAACGACAGACUCGACCUCCCAACUUCGGCCACGUGGUUCCGGGUUAUAGUCAAGACGCUCCUGUUGGGGUUCCGAGACCUCAGAACCAGCAACAACGACAUCCCUUACCACUGGCUGGACGCAGUGCUCCCGCUCCAGCACCUUUGCCUCCACGUCCCCGACCAGACCACAAUCGAAUUCGAACAUGGACAGUCUUGGGCUCCAGAAUAGAGGCCAGAGACUCUCGCAUGCGGCGAGACCUGUACCAAGCUCUGUUUCCAACAAUCCGGUUGCUGAUGGCGAUUCGCCAGGAAUUAGGCAUUCCAGGAACGGAGACUAUCCGCCUACGAGCCGAUUACGACACCGUCUGGCGAGGUCUUGAUCGCCGCAUCCAAGAUCUACGGUUGCAACUACCUUUGCACCACCAUUUACGUACCUGGCCAAUUCACAGACACGACGCGGGAGAAGGUGCCUGGGUGAAUUAUAUCGGGGAUUGGGAUCUCGCUGUACGAUAUUUUGACAAUGCGGAAGCUCGCAGACAGUGGAUUGCACAGAAUUGGAACACUCCGCAACCACAACAGGAGAAUGACGACCAGGCUCCAGUUCGAGUCUCAGAGAUGUUCGCAGCGCGUCCUGAGGCGCGGGAGUUCGAACAGGCCGAUGGUCGAUGGUGGCUCGCCGAGGAAGUUGAAGUUGAUAUGGAGGACUUCAAUCCGAUUAUCGCCUCGAUGCGAAAUUUAUAG